CUGGCCUGAUAGCGAGCCUCGAAAACCCGUAGCUCGUUUACCAUCCACCACGUAUUGACGUUUUCGUCCGCGAACCGACCGCUCGUUCCCGUUUCCUUCGUUCGACAUGAUCGCGUCGAUCGCUGCCUUCGCGAAUCAGCUCACUUGGAGCCACCGCGUCAGUGUCGGUAACGUAAACAUCGAGAAUCGUUCCCGCGUGUGAAUCCGGUUUCUGGUGCGAACGAUAUAUAAACUUGACAGUUCGUUUCGGAGCAGACACGAGAGAGGGUACUACUCGAUCGGUAUAGAGAGGAUACGAUGACUUACGGUGGUGAUUCAGGAUUGAGAGGAGUCUCUUGAACACCUGUUGUGGAUCUAUUCCGGACAUAGCCGCGGUAAGUCGGUGUUCGCGGCACUGGUUUCGUGCUCCUUUUGUUUGAGGAAGAUCAAGCAUUCCAAGGAUGACAGGCACGCAACGACGGAGGGAACAGUGGGAGUUCUGAGAGAGAGGUUUCCGUGAUGCGAGAGAAACUGGAUGGAAGGAUGACUACGGGCGAUCAGCGGGAAAUACCAUGACGGUGCAUCGUUGAAAGCAAAAACUGCGUGGAAAAGUCGAGCGGCGGUGAGUGUUUGAUCGCGCGUGAAAUCGAAAUGAGUUGGUCGAGGCAAAGGGUACCGGCUCCUCUGAGCUGAAUCCUCGUGACAAUUCGGUACCAAGACUCUCUGCCGGGUUUCGAUGAUCACGGAACAGGGUACAGUGAACGGUGCUACGAUGCUGCCGAGUGCUGAAAUCAUGUACAGUGAUCGAAUAAUCUGAGCAUCCACGGUUCGAACGUUGUUUAUUUGUAAAUGGGUGAAACGCGAGGAUCGGACGAGCUUGUGGACUAAUUCGACUGCUCCGUAACUGUUCACCAGUUUCCUUGCUUUGGAAGAUCGAGGUUGGAUAAGCCGGCCUAAAGAUCCUUCUUCAGUAAUGUGUACCACGGAAAUGACGGAAUCGUACACGAUGUCACCGUCUACGACGGUGUCCUCCAGCGCGACGACGCCGGGUUGCCUAGGUUUGCCUGCUCACCGACGGACACCUUGCAGAGGCUCCCCUGGUCGAGGCGAUGUGCAGGACGACGAGGACGAGAUCUCUGUCGGUUGUCCGAGUCCUCUACCUCUCGUGGUAGUCACCCCUACCGCGGAAGAGGACGAAAGACUGUCGCAAUCUAGGGAAGAUUACCCGGACAGACUGAGCCCUCGAAGAAGUUAUCCGAGGGACUCGAUGAUCGACGACGAGGACAGCUACUCGAGAAGCGGUGAUUUCAGGACGUCGAAUGGUAGAAGUGUUAGAGCUCGCGAGAGCAGUGGCGGUGAUUCCGUUACCACGUUGAGGGAGGACGAAGAGGACGAGGAGGAGGAUGAAGAAGAGAUGAACAGCAGAAGCAGUAGUAACGGUGCAUCGGCGGCCGGUGCCACGGACGACUAUUUCAAACCUCUGAAACGUCUGAAGAUGGUGCAGAUGCAGCACUCGGACGAGGAGGACGACAGGGACCGUGAGAGUAACGAACGAGGCGUCAAGUCUUUCAGUAUUCUCGACAUUCUGUCGCACAGACCUAAGGCGAAGAUCGUUCGUCCCUGGGACACGGUCGAGACGAACUUAAAUCACCAUCAUCAUCGUCACCAUCUUCAUCAGCAGCAACAGCAACAGUCGAAUCAUCAGCAUCACCACUUGCAUCAUCAUCAUCAUCACAACCAUUCGACCGCGCCCAGGGACCUGUCUCUGAUGGGUAUGUCCCUGGCGUCCAUGUCCGGCUCCAUCAGCGAGCCACCUCUCAGCAGCUCCUCUUCGUCCGGCAGAAGUUCCGUCUCCGAUUCCGGAAGUCCGGACCCCCUGGCUCACCACCAUCACGGCCUGCAUCACGGUAUCCAUCCCGGUCUCCAUCACGCGGCCUUGCAACAGCAACAACAGCAACAGCAGCAACAAUUCAAGAGGAAAACGUCGCAGCAGCAUAGCUCGCAGAGCGGGCACCACGGGAAGAGGACGACAGGCCAAGGAAGCCCUCUCGACGCUUUGUUUCAAAUGACCAGCAAAACGUUCGACGCCGGCGAGCAUAGUCAAGAGCAAGCGAACCAUCUGAACCUGUUCAACAACCGGCAACAGCCGAAGAAGAAGCGUAAGAGCAGAACGGCCUUCACGAAUCAGCAGAUCUUCGAGCUGGAGAAGCGAUUCCUUUACCAGAAGUAUUUGAGCCCAGCGGACAGGGACGAGAUAGCUGCUCAGCUGGGUUUGAGCAACGCUCAAGUGAUCACCUGGUUCCAGAACAGAAGGGCGAAGCUGAAGAGGGACAUGGAGGAGUUGAAGAAGGACGUGCAGACGGUGAAUCCGUUGCUAGUCGUGCAACACCAUAAAACGUUUCUGGAGAACGUUCAAGACCUUGGUAUCCUGAAGAAGCGACCUAUUCCCAACAACAUGGACGAGAAAUCGUAGGGAACCGGACAGGUUGAAGGUUUGUCGAUCGUAUGCUUGCAAAAUGAACCUGUUGAGAGGCUGCCGAGGAUAGGAGGGUCUUUUCUUCUAGGUGGAUCAUCUUAACGGGUAGGAUUUUGUAGUUUCCUUUAUCAGUAGUUGGUAGAUCAUUACGAGGAACAUUUUUGGCAAAUGAGAUCGACGCGUUUCGGAUAGUGAAAAUGAUUUCGGUUCCGGUGAAGGUAUAGUACAAAGACAGCGUCUUUCUUCGACUGGUCUCGACGAGAUUUUCGGUGGCUCAAAAUCGAAUUGAGUUUUAACGAUUCUCGUCGAAAAGACGUACAAAGACUGAGGGUCUGUCGAGGUCUUAGGAGACACGAUUGAGAACGAUGAAUCAGAGAUGCUGAAAGCUUCUUUUCAAUGGUACGAAGGUUCUUUUUUUUUUCAAAUUAAAGACUGCCAAAUAAUCACAGCUCUCGUAAGGGAUGGUAGACUCGAUAUUAGAACCCUUAUCGUUUCAUUAACCAUCGUACGAGAUAUUUUACGAACAUUUUUACCAACGCUUCGUAGGAGAGUCUACUUCGUAGACGUCCGAAAGAAACGUAUAGGUGUGUCAUUCGAAUGUGAGACAAAUUAACGAGUAGAUCGUAUUCUACGUAAUCUAAAAUCUAAAAUGCAUAAAUGUUUCGACGAAAAUUUUUGGCUAUAUUUCUCGGAUCUACGACAACCAUCUGCGACUGUUCGCGGACAUCUAUUGUAUCAUAUUGUAUUUAUUUGUGAGAAGAAAAUGGUGAGUGAAGCCAAAAGAGAUCCGGAGGACGCAUAGAGGAUAUAUAAGUUAUUACGUAAAUAUUAAACUUUAUAAAUUAUGAAGAGAAGCUUCCGGUUGCGGGCCUCUCGUAUGUGUACAUAUGCUGUAUAUACGUUGUUCAUCCCCCACCCCUCCCAAAACCCCCUGGAUAAUAUUAUGCAUAAACGAAAUAGAGUCGUCGGACAUGAUUAGAAUAACGAAAUCGAAGAGAAUUAUAAACGAUAGAUGGGACACUGCAAUAUACCUGGUCAUCAGUUUAAUUAGUGAGCUUUAUGAUCGCGUUAAGAUGUAAAUCCGUAUCGCGUACAGCGCUUAAUGGUUUACGAGGUGAUAGACGUGAAGCGUGAAAGGAAAGGCAAGAGUGCGUGUGUGUGAACGGACAUAGUAGAGCGUUGUAUAGUGAGUGGAAAUAAAUGGAGACAUUUAAAAUA